GCCCGCCCCCCUUGCCCACUCCCCGCUUCCCGAGCUGGCUCGGUGUUUAGGGAGGGCAGUGAUCACGCAAGCCGGAGCAGCGGGCUGACGUUGAACGAGCUGCCAGGUAGCUGAAAGCAGUCAGCCAGCAGCAGAGACACUUCCCAGCAUUUGAAGCCUGGGUCUGCACUAGAAGCCUCAGGAAUCCUAGCCAGCUGGUUUUAACCUUCGUGAAUUGCAGUCCCCUCUCCCCAAAGCCAGUCUUCACCCGCUGAGCGAGCAGCAGGAUAGGAUGUUUGCAGUGUCGCGCCCAGGGCUCUGAAACAGAGCCUUCUGAUACGCUUGCAUUCUCUUCUUUUAGGGCUUUUUGGCUGUUGGCUACACUGAUGUGACCCCCCCCCUCCCUUUGGAAUGAUGGGGAUCUUUUUGGCAUAUGUUGGAAUUGUUUUCUUUUCCGUUUUAUACGUACAACAAGGGCUUUCUUCUCAAGCAAAAUUUACCGAGUUUCCGCGGAACGUGACAGCGACCGAGGGGCAGAAUGUGGAGAUGUCCUGCGCUUUCCAGAGCGGCUCCGCUUCGGUGUACCUGGAGAUCCAGUGGUGGUUCCUGCGGGGACCCGAGGACCUGGAGCCCGGGUCCGAGGUGACUGGAGCGCAGGUGGAGCUCUUGCCCGACAGAGAGCCGGACAACGAUGGGACCAAGAUCAGUACAGUGAAAGUUCAAGGCAAUGACAUCUCCCACAAGCUUCAGAUUUCCAAAGUGAGGAAAAAGGAUGAAGGUUUAUAUGAGUGCAGGGUGACUGACGCCAAUUAUGGAGAGCUCCAAGAACACAAGGCCCAGGCCUACCUGAAAGUCAACGCCAACAGCCAUGCUCGGAGGAUGCAGGCCUUUGAAGCCUCACCUAUGUGGCUGCAAGACAUGAAGCCCCGCAAGAACAUCUCAGCUGCGGUUCCCAGCAGUAUCCACAGCUCAGCCAACCAACGGACGCACUCCACCUCCAGCCCUCAAGCGGUAGCCAAAAUUCCCAAACAAAGUCCACAAUCAGGUGCGAGGAUAGCUACAAGCCAUGGACUUUCUGUCCUGCUUCUUGUUUGUGGCUUUGUGAAGGGUGCUUUGCUUUAAUCUAAAGUGCUGACUUUUUUCCAAUAUCACUUUCUCUUCUUAAAGCAAAGAGCAAAUCGCCUGUAAAAUCUACGGAGCGGACAGCAAAGUUGACCCUAAACUCCAAGCAUCAUUCCGCACCCUCUGUACUCUAAUUACCUACACAAGGAGCGCCUGCUUCCGGAACCAUAAAUGAAGAGGCUAUCACACGCUUUGUUGAUAAUAUUUUCUUUGGCAAAUCACUGAUCUUUUCUUUCAAGACAAUUAGUGUGAAGUGAUAGAACAUUUUCUAAUAGCAAGAUCUAUUUUUUUCCUUUUCUUUCGGCAAAAAACAUAAAAUAAAAAAAUCAUCAUCUCACUGACUGCUCAGGGGUUGGCCUGAAAGUCAUCGGUAUGGUAAAUAUUUACUAUGGAUACCACUGAUUUCCUAAUAAAGGACCCACUAUCUGCAGGAAGCAAACAGAGAUCAGAAGUCUACAAAACAUAAACUAUCACCAAACAAAAACCCCUUUCAUGGUCAAAACUAUCAACACUUCGAGGCAACAAGGAGAACAUUAUUUUAAAUAAGGAAUAAUUAAAGAAAGUUUUUUUUUAAACUUCUUUUUUCUUGGAUUUUUUUCUUCUUUUUCUUGAGUAUAGUUCUUGUUCAAUGGUGGCAAGUGCUGAUAAUGGCCAAUCCCUGUCAAUCCUGGGAGGUUUAUAUAAAUACAUUUUCAGUGUUCAAUAUUUCAAUGUAUUUUAAUUCAUUUUGCAAUUCCUGUAUAUGCAAACCCAACAAAUUCUGUAAAUUGCUUAUAGUAUGUGUGAUAUAACUUCAAAAUAGAUAUACUACAACCUUCAUGCAAGCUGAUUUUUAUCAUGCUAUAUAUAAAUAUAUACAUAUGAAUGUCUAUAUGUUGAGCCACCAAUCAACUUCUUUUGAUAGUGUUUGUUUUUCAUUUAUAAUUCAUAUAUUGUAUAAAUUCCACAGUACAUUGUUUCACUUCCACAAGUUUGACAGCUGCAGAUGGUCUCUGUUGUCCUCUGCUUCCUUCUGGAAAAUGCAUAUUCAAAAUUGUAUCUGUCUCUGAUAAAUGAGCUUUGUUGUGUGUAUGCUAUGUUGGAAUUUGCUAUGUUCCUUUAAAUAUGGUGUUUAUUGAGGUUUGAGAGUCUCUUGACUCUGAAGAAUGCACACUUUGGUUUUAACAUCUAUCCCUGUCAUCAUUAUUCUAUCAUCAGAAAGGAAUGUUGUUUCUAGAAAUUCUGCCUUGGAGGUGAGCAUGGGGAAGUUUCAUGAAACAGACCCCUCUUCCUUCCCUGUGUUCUUGGGAGAGCACUUCUUGGUAUGGCUAAAGGAUGCUGCUUCCCUUGAGCUCUUGUCAUUCUGUUAUUUGCUGCUAAUUAUAUUUUAAUGUCUCCUACUUAAAAAAUUAAAAUUUGGUUGUUGGCUAAAUACAAUAUGCAAACGAUGGCUGCAAAUCCCUGACUAAAGAAGAUAUGUGUUCAGUUUUCACUGUUCAAGUGAGUUAUGAUUUUAAAUAUUCCAUUCUUAUUUUUGGUUUUAUGAUAAUUCAAACUAUUUACUUGGAACUUGUUUAAACUUUUGCAAAAAAAAAAAAAAAGAUAGAACUCUUAAUGUGCUCUUACAUACACUGUGGAAUCAAUAUGGCUUGAGAAAGAAAUGACCUAAGUUUUCCUUCCAGAGAGAUUCUUCCAUUUUCUUUCAUUACAAAACCAGAAGAUCAUCCAUGUGGGGACCAUGCACUCCCAGUCUAAGGUCCUAAGUGGAAGGCUGAAGACAAUGAAUAUCUCUGCUUUUCAAAGGUAAAUGCAUUGACUCUGCUAUUUAGUUUUAAGCAAGGUGCAUAUUUUCAUAACAUUCUAGACCUUAUCUUCUGAAAAAUAAUGUUUCAUUCUAAAUCUUUUCUUGACAUUCUUCUUGUUCAUUUGGUUUAUUAUUUCAGUCUAAUAAGAAAAAUAAAGGUUUUGAUUGCACUAUUUUAUUAACUUAGAAAUGUAUUUUAUUUCAAGUUUAAUAUUUUAAAAUGCAUAA